UCUCUACCCAGAUGACUAAUUAAUGACCAAUACCAUACACCUAUUGGUUACAUCUCCUAAUUAAUGGUGUAAGAGAGACUCCAAAGUUGGUUUCAAUGGGUGAUAUGAUUCAAAAUUUGAAGUUAACCAAUCCAGUGAAUGGUCAUCAACUCAGCAAUUUCAUUGAGUAAGUAGAAAGAAAUGGUGCACAAAUUGUCAGAAAAAAAAAACUUCAAUUAAUCUGACCGCCUGAAUUGGCUUCUGAAAGUCUCUACUAAUCAACAUGGCCAUUUCUUUCAGCUUGAUUCAUAUCUAUCCCAACCACACCCAAAAAAAAUAAUCAUUUUCUAAGUCUAACAGGCAUCUUCACAACUAUAAACAGGGCACCAUCUUGUAUCUCAAGCUUAUACCCCACAUCACUAAUGGAUUCUCCCAUCUCUUCAAUGUUUCCAUUACUGUUUGUUCUGCUAUUCUCGUUUUCAACAGCAACUUCAGCUCAAAACCAGGAAGAGUUUCUUCAAUGCCUUUAUUCACAGGGCCCUGCCUCCAUAUCUAAAGUCAUAUACACCCCAAUCAAUUCUUCAUAUCCAUCAGUCUUGAACAUCUCUAUACAAAACCUUAGGUUCUCCACAGCUACUACUCCUAAACCUCGAGUCAUUGUCACAGCAUUGAAUGUCUCACAUAUCCAAACCACCAUACUCUGUGCCCGAAAUCAUGGAAUGCAAAUCAGAACUAGAAGUGGUGGUCAUGACUAUGAGGGUCUAUCUUAUGUUUCUGAGGUACCAUUUGUCAUCCUUGACCUCAUUAACAUUCGAUCGAUCACAAUUGAUGAAGGAAAUAGCACUGCCUGGGUUCAAGCUGGUUCAACAAAUGGUGAACUUUAUUACAGAAUUGCUGAGAAAAGUAGAACCCUUGGGAUCCCCGGCGGUGUUUGCACAAGUUUGGGUUCUGGUGGGCACAUCAGUGGAGGAGGAUACGGCCCGUUGAUGCGCAAGUAUGGUCUUGCAGCAGAUCAAGUAAUAGACGCACAAUUGAUCGACGUUAAAGGAAGACUUCUUGAGAGAAAAUCAAUGGGAGAAGACUUGUUUUGGGCUAUUAGAGGAGGUGGAGGUGCAAGCUUCGGAGUCAUUGUUGCUUGGAAAGUGAAAUUGGUUCCAGUUCCAUCUACUGUGACCAUAUUCUCAGUCACUAGGAACCUUGAACAAAAUGCAACCAGUCUUGUCUAUGAAUGGCAAUCCGUGGCACCUAACCUUCCAAAAGACAUAUACCUUAGACUCCUAAUAACCAGAGUGAACUCCAGUCAACAAGGGGAGCUGACAAUCCAAGCUACCUUCGAUGCCUUGUUUCUUGGCACUACUAAUAGUGUCCUUCAAUUGAUGCAAGAGAGUUUCCCUGAGUUGAACGUGACAAGACAAGAUUGCACUGAAAUGAGCUGGAUUGAGUCUGUCCUCUUCAUUGCCGGAUUUCCAAUUACGUCCCCAGAAUUGUUGCUCAAUCGGCAUCCAUUUGAUUCACGGUUCAAAGCGAAAUCAGACUAUGUCAAGGAACCAAUUCCUGAAUUUGCAUUGGAAGGAAUUUGGGAAAGGCUUUUCGAGGAAGAAGCAGCAGGGGCUGUACUACUACUUUCUCCUUACGGAGGCAGAAUGAGCGAGAUUUCUGAAUCAAGCACUCCUUUCCCGCACAGAGCUGGGAAUUUAUACAAAAUUCAACCCUAUGUGAGAUGGCAAGAAGAAGGCAGUGAAGCUUCACAAAAGUAUAUAAGUUGGAUCAGAAGGCUUUACAGUUACAUGGCUCCGUAUGUUUCAAAACAUCCAAGAGAAGCAUAUGUCAAUUAUAGAGAUCUUGAUAUUGGCACAAACAACAAAGGCAAAUGUACAAGCUACAAACAAGCAAAAAUUUGGGGUCAAAAGUACUUCAAGAACAACUUUGACAGAUUGGUGAAAAUCAAGACCAAGGUCGAUCCUUCAAAUUUCUUCAGGAAUGAACAAAGCAUACCACCUAUCUCAUCACGUUGCUACACCUCAAGAGAUGACAACCUAUCCUCUGUAAUGUAAUAAAGUAUCUUUCUUCUCUAUUUGAAAUAUAUAAAUAAAUUCUUGGUGACUUUUUAUGAA